AUGGCCCAGAUUUUUGAUGAUGAUGGUGCCGACGGAAUCCUGUUGGUUGACGCCAGCAACAUCCAAAUUACUUGUCCUGAAAUGUCCAUAUCAUCAACACGUACAGAAGUCCCUCGAGACUGUUCACCUGUGAAGGGGAACAGAUCUUAUCCCACGAAGGGACAACACAGGGUGACCCUCUAGCGCUAUGUGGUAUGCGAUCAACACAUUUAUCGUGAUUCAGAGCCUAAGAGAGCGUAUACCUAAAGUUAAGCAAGUAUGGCUGGCUGAUGACUCGGUGGGAGGCGGCCCAACUGAACUGUUAUACAACUGGUACAAGCUUUUUUGUCAAGAAGGAAAGAAAUGUGGCUACCUAGUCAAUAGCUCCAAAAGAUAGGUGAUAGUAAAGCCCGGGUAGUAAAGACACAAGAUCUAGCAGAUGAGGCCGAAUUGGUGUUUGGAGAGGACGUCAGAAUAACAAUGGCAGGUCGACCAGUUAUUGGAUUCCAGGAGUACAAGGACCAAUAAUGUAUUGGAAAAGUUCAGGGAUGGAGGGAAAGCAUCGAGUUGCUGGCUGAGAUCGUAAAGAGUCAGCCCAGUGCCGCCUACGUCGCCUUUGCAAAGGGCUACAAAUCGAAAUUUGCAUAUUUUAUGCAUAAAAUUGACUCAUUUGAAGACUAGGCUGAACCAACUGAUGAAGCCAUCAACGGUUUUUUCCUUCCAGUUCAUUUUGGUGAGAUGGAACCGCUCCCUGAUGAGUUGCAAGAACUAUUCACAAGGGGUCUGGGUAUACCAGACCUGAAAGCUGAAGUCUCACAGCAAUACGUUGCCUCAAAGUUAAUAAAAGCACCGUGUAGCAGCUAGACUUUCUAAGGUCAACACUCCAGGCUUGAGACAAGGGUGAAAACGCGUGGCUCAACUCUGUUGCCCUUGAAGAGCAGGACGUCUGGUGUAAGAAGAAGGGUUUUGUUUCACUAAGACAUGAUGGCAUCCAGAACUUUCUCACAUCUUUGCUCAGCAAAGUCUGCAAGGAUGUCGAGGUAGAUCCCUACCUCCUACCCAUGGACAAUGACGUAUUCAACCUAAGCUCCACCGUCACAAGUCAUGAGGCUAGACUAGACAUAAAGGCAAAAAGUUUCUGGUCACAAGGAGAAACAUAAUUCUUCGAUGUCUGUUGUGCAUCUGAACUCAACGUGUAACCAGAACAAAUCCCAAGAGAAGGAAAGGAAGUACCAACAAAGAGUUAUGGUCGUGGAAAUGAGAUCUUUCCUUCCCUCGCCUCCCCCCGUGGUUUUUGGCACAAACGGAGGAAUGGGGAAAAAAUGCAAACUUUUUCUGAGCAACCUAGCGGACAAACUUUCCCGAAACAACGGCGAGUCGUAUGCUAGCGCCAUAUCUUGGCUUGAAACAUGCAUAUCUUUUGAAAUUUUAGGAUCUCUUCACGAGGGUCCAAAACGCCUUUUCACAAGAAUGCUGACUUUUCAGAUGAUUUUAGUGUUAAUGCCAGGAAUAAGGACAUUUUAA